AUGUCCGGCACUACCAGCACCGACCCGAGGAUAACGGCGGCGAUCGAGGCUGGGCGAAUCCCGAAAGGAAUCAGCAUUGCCUGGUUAGAGCAAUCCCGAGACAAACCCGCGACUGGCGCCAUUAUCUUUGUCACCUUGCUGACGGGCGUCUUUGUGCUAUGCCGAAUCGCUUCAAGAGCCUUUGUAUUGAGGCGAACCGGACUUGAUGACUGGUUAGCGCUACUGGGUCUGGCCCUUCUUAUAGCGUUUGUGGUGCUGGAUAUCCAAUCGAUCGACAUUGGAUCGGGGCGGCACUAUGAUUAUAUCAUAUACGUGCUGACGCCGGAGGAGGUGAACCGCAGUGAGAUUGUCGACUUUGCGGCACACAUUGUCUACACGGUUGCGCUGCUGAUCUGCCGUGUAUCGGGCUUGACCUUUUACCACCGCAUCUGCAGCAUCCACCGCGGGUUCCGACUGGCGAUUCAGGUCCUGAUGGGCGUCCUGGUGGCGGGCUUCCUGCCGCAGCUGUUCCUCAUCAUUUUCCAUUGUACUCCGGUGACGGGACUGUGGCCAUACACGCAGACCAACAACUGGCAGGAGGGCGUCGAGGACUACGAGUGCUUGCCAUGGGGUCUCGUGUACAGUGUCAACUCGGCCGUGUCGCUGUUUUGCGACUUUUUGCUGUUUGGCAUCCCGUUGGCCAUGAUCCGGAUGCUUGAUCUGCCGCGCAAGCGGAGACUGCAGCUGGCGUGCAUUUUGCUGCCUGGCGUCUUGGUUACCUGCAUCUCGAUUGCUCGUUUGGUGCUGGUCAUCGAAGGUCAGUGGAACAAGGACAUGUCAUGGACGUACAACGCCUUGUUGGCGGUCGAGGUAUCCGAGAUUGGCGCGACCUUGAUCUCCUUGUCGAUUCCCGGAAUCAAGCCCAUGUGGGACAAGUACAUCAGGAGAAGGGGCCACGAUUCCAGUUCUGGGGGACGUUCGGGGCACUCGACCAAGGGCGGCGGCACCAAGGGCACAUCGAUAACGCUGAACAAUCUCAGCCUGCGGCCCCAGCACCUCAACAAGCUGGGUUCCACCAGCGACUGCACGUACAACGACACCAAGAGCCGCAACCGAGACAAGGACGACGACGACGGGACGGCCAGCACCGAAGGCAUCAUGGUGCGGGUAGAUUUUGAUAUGACGACGGAGAGCGAGACGAACUCACAGUACCGGCGGUCCAAGGCCAUCGAAGCGCAAGUAGUUUGA